AUGGAGGACAAGUGCUUCAGAAUCAAGAAAGAUGUUACUGAAUUGAUCGGCAAUACACCAAUGGUAUAUCUGAACAGCAUAGUGGAAGGUUGUGUAGCUUCUAUUGCUGCCAAGCUAGAGAUGAUGCAGCCUGGCUUUAGUGUUAAAGACAGAAUUGCAUACAGUAUGAUUCAAGAUGCAGAGAACAAAGGUCUAAUCACACCAGGAAAGACUGUUCUUGUGGAGCCUACUAGUGGGAACACCGGCAUUGGGUUGGCAUACCUUGCAGCAGUCAAGGGCUACAAGCUUAAAUUGACCAUGCUAUCUUGUAACAGUAUGGAAAGAAGAAUGGUGCCCCUAGCCUUUGGAGCCGAGGUGUAUGUCACACACCCGGAUAAGGGCUUCCAUGGGACACUUGAUAAGGCGCUAGAGCUCUUAAAUGACACACCUAACAGCUUCAUGUUUCAGCAGUUUGAAAACCCUGCCAAUCCAAAAAUACAUUAUGAAACCACUGGCCCCGAAAUAUGGAGAGACUCCAAAGGAAAAGUUGAUGCUUUGGUGGUGGGGAUUGGAACUGGGGGUACUAUAACAGGUGCAGGGAAGUUCCUUAAGGAGCAGAACCCAGAUAUCAAGGUGUUUGGUGUAGAGCCAGCUGAAAGUGCAGUCUUGAAUGGUGGAUCACAUAGUAAGCAUUUGAUCCAAGGAAUUGGAGCUGGUUUCAUUGCAGAUGUUCUGGAUGUUAACCUACUUGAUGAAGUUAUUGAAGUAAGUUUUGAUGACAUCCUACUAGUAUUAAACUAUUUAAUUCAGGUAUCAAGUAAGGAAGCUAUAGAAACUGCUAAGCAGCUUGCUUUGAAAGAAGGUUUGCUGGUAGGAAUUUCAUCCGGUGCUGCUGCAGCCGCCGCCAUUAAGUUGGCCAAAAGGCCGGAAAUGGCUGGAAAACUCAUCGCGGUUGUGUUCCCAACUUCUGGAGAACGAUACCUGUCCACUGUUCUCUUUGAUUCCAUUAGAGAUGAGGCUGAAAACAUGACUUUUGACUGAAACAUUGACCAGUUUUAUAGACUGUUAUUUUCUCUUUCAGCUCUGCUCACUACUGGUUCUUGAAUCUUAAUUCAAUACUUUGUGUCUUUACAUAAAGAAAAAUUGU